AUAUCCAUGUUUAUUUUCAGAAAAUGAUGUAUUUAUAGCAAAACUGGGAGUAAGGAUAAAAUGUCUGAAUCCGACACAGUAGUUCUUUUAUCAAAUGUGGACCCUGCUCGUCCUAGAUGCUCAGCUUCCUUGUUUCUUUGCCCUCUUCUAUUUCUAAUAGGUUGUGCUGGUGUAUUAAUAGCUAUAUUACUUGGAUUCUUUGCAACUGUUCAGGAAGGAGUUCCUCUCAGAAUACUGUCCUUGAACACAUGGGGUAUUAAUGCGGUCUUUGGUGCUAAGGACAAAGAAUUUCGGAUGGAGCAUAUUGGACAGAUGGUGUCUAACAUGGAGUAUGAUAUCUACCUGUUUCAAGAACUAUGGAUGCGUCCUGACCAUGAUACUAUUGCUAAACAUCUCCCUAAAGGAUAUUAUAUGACCGCGUACGACGAUUUGGCUCAACGGCCAUGUCCAUGGUGGCCCUUUUCUCCAUUCUGGUGUUGUGAUGGAGAUGAUUUGCCUGCUGGAUGCUCAGGUUUGGCUGUUGUUUCUAGAUUUCCUUUUCUUGAAAUUGAGUUUACUAUGUUCGAUGUUCACGGGCCUACAGGGGAUGGGGAGAAACUGGCGAGAAAAGGCUUUGGAAGAGUUCGAAUUGAACCAGUUGAGAAUAUAACAGUUGAUGUGUUUGUGACGCAUACCUGUGCGUCAGACGAGGUUGAGAACAAGAAGGCCAGACAGGCGCAGGUCAAACAACUGAUGAAGGCAGUCAGAACCGCAUCAGCUGAUUUUGUUUUGCUGGGCGGAGAUUUUAACUCUGAUCCAAGAGCAACCAACGAGACCACUUAUUCAAUCCUGAAGCAGGACAUGGCAAGUUCUAUGGAGGAUUUCUUCAAGAUAAUUACGGACUGGUUAAUCCCUAAACGAGCAACAUACGCUAAUCCACGAAACACCUACAGCGGUGCCAAUGGCAGUAUCUAUCCUCCUGGUAAUAGCAGCAAGUAUCCACCAGUUCUCUACGAUUAUAUUUGGCAUAAGUCAUCGCCGGGAAAUUUGGUUCUCACCAACUUUUUCGACAUUCCAUUCCUUACAACCGACUCUAUACAUUUCGAACCAAAUCGCAGUAAGCGAGACCAAUCUGCCGCUGAAAAUCUUGAAAUGGCCGCCGACGCCUUUCUCAGUCUGUCAGACCACGAGGCGGUCAGCGCUAGCCUCAUCCUUUACAAACAGAAACAAUAAAGUACAAAACAUUUGGAGGAUUUAUCUUGAGUGGAUUUUGAGCUUGCUUUUGCUUGUUAAACAUGUACAAGUUGCCAUAGAAGUCUUUUUUGGAACGAUUUAAAUCAAAAUGUGUGUUUACAUUGUACAUUAUUUAAAUAUCGUUUUAUUGCUCUUAUGUUUUUUUACGUUGAGGUUAUGUAACUAAUAUUGUCUGAUGUGAUCUCUCUCUAAAACGUAUGUAUUUGUGUGCACUGUGCAUUAACGAUUGUGAUAUAAUUCUGAUUGAUACUGAUAAUGAU